UUUGGUUCAAAAAGUGGUCAUUAUUACAUAACCAAAAAAAAAAACUUGCCAUCAAAAACCCAAAUAAGCCAAAAAAAGAAGUAAACAACGCUUGUUCAUUCCUAUAAUGGCAUCAGCUGCUGCCGCCACCGCCACCACCACCACACCAACCCAUUCUUCUUCUUCUUCUUCUAUUAGAACUCACCGUUUCAAGCCCUCUAUACAUUUGCCCUUUAGGUUCCGCAGAUUUACGCCCACCUACCCCUCUGCUUCUUCGCUCGCUAUUUCUUGCACUAUCUCCACCCGUGACCCACCGGAGCUCCGAAUGGACGACAACGGGUCUUCCACCCUACUCCAGCGACCCGAUUCGUUCGGCCGUUUCGGCAAGUUUGGCGGGAAGUACGUCCCCGAAACCCUAAUGCACGCCCUCUCCGAGCUCGAGUCUGCUUUCCAUGCUCUCGCCGGUGACCACGAGUUUCAGAAAGAACUGAACGGGAUCUUGAAAGACUAUGUAGGGAGGGAGAGUCCUCUUUAUUUUGCAGAGCGGCUGACGGAGCAUUAUAAGCGUUCCAAUGGUGAAGGUCCACUCAUUUACCUCAAGAGAGAAGAUCUGAAUCAUACUGGGGCUCACAAGAUCAACAAUGCCAUUGCCCAAGCUUUGCUUGCUAAGCGGUUGGGCAAAAAGCGGAUUAUUGCUGAAACUGGAGCUGGUCAGCAUGGAGUUGCAACAGCGACUGUUUGUGCCCGGUUUGGUUUGCAAUGUAUCAUUUAUAUGGGCGCACAAGAUAUGGAGAGGCAGGCACUUAAUGUCUUCAGAAUGCGGCUUCUUGGAGCUGAGGUUAGACCAGUCCAUUCUGGGACAGCCACCCUGAAAGAUGCAACAUCAGAAGCUAUUAGGGACUGGGUAACAAAUGUAGAGACGACUCAUUAUAUUUUGGGCUCGGUUGCUGGACCACAUCCAUACCCCAUGAUGGUUCGAGAAUUCCACGCGGUAAUUGGUAAAGAAACCAGAAAACAAGCACUGGAAAAAUGGGGAGGGGGACCAGACGUUCUGGUAGCAUGUGUUGGUGGAGGUUCGAAUGCCAUUGGACUCUUCCAUGAGUUUGUAGAUGACAAAGAUGUAAGGUUAAUUGGUGUGGAAGCUGCAGGGUUUGGAUUGGAUAGUGGUAAGCAUGCUGCUACUUUGACAAAAGGGGAAGUUGGGGUUUUGCAUGGAGCUAUGAGCUAUUUAUUACAGGAUGAUGAUGGGCAAAUCAUUGAACCGCAUUCCAUAAGUGCGGGCUUGGAUUAUCCUGGAGUUGGGCCAGAGCACAGUUACUUGAAAGAUAUAGGACGUGCUGAAUAUUAUAGUGUCACAGAUGAUGAAGCAUUAGAAGCUUUCAAGAGAUUAUCUCGACUAGAGGGCAUAAUCCCAGCUUUGGAGACGUCUCAUGCACUGGCUUAUUUGGAGCAGCUCUGCCCUACUCUCCCCAAUGGAACUAGGGUUGUGCUUAAUUUAAGUGGCAGAGGGGAUAAGGAUGUUCAAACAGCUAUCAAGCGUUUGCAGCUUUGAUGGUGGUGUUCAUGUAUGCGGUAUGCCAUUACAAAUAAACUAAAGAACACCCCCUUUGUUUUUUUUUUUUUUCUUUUUUUUUGGGUUGAGAUGUUUCAGUUUUGUUUAUCACUUGUAAGACUAUUUUCAACCCUUUGACACUCAAGUUUAAAACAAAUUUGGAAUGUAUAAAUGCAGUUAUCACUGCAGAUCAUCUUUA